CUAAAUCAUCUUCAACAAAUUCUCCCAAGCAAGAUCAAAUUUUCCCACUAGUCGAAAGAGACAGCGAUAUUUGAGCGAGUCAAGAUGAGUUUUCAUGGAUUGGUAAACCUGGUAAAAUCGGUUCAAGCCGAACUAAUGAAUGUCAAAGCGACGCCCGGUUCGAUCCUAAUAGGUUCAUUAAGCUUGAUCGGCCUGCUGACAGUGGCCAAAUAUCAACUAUCAUUCAUGAACCUGUUGUUCUGCUUCUCACCAUUAUCGAAGCCGUUCAAGAUCUCAUUAGGAUCCUUAAAGGGGAACUUAUUUCUAAAACAGAAAGACCGACAAGGGGGCGAAAAAGAUCAAAAGACGCCGGCUACCAAGAACUCUUCCUCAUGGGCGAUCAUCACCGGACCGACGAAUGGGAUUGGCAAAGAAUUUGCCAUCGAACUAUCCAAGGCGGGCUUCAACCUGUUCUUAAUCGGCAGAAAUCCGAACAAAUUAACGAGUCUCCAAGACGAGCUGAUGAAAGUAAACCCAACGAUCGAGGUCGAGAUUGAAACGAUCGAUCUAUCCGAUAAUAACCCAGGGGGUAGAGGUGAAGAGAAAGACUCAGGAUCGGUUGCGGUACAAGAGCAGACUCAAAGCAAGGAAUGGAAGAAGAUCCUCGAGAAACUGAAGCAGAUCUCCAGCCGCUCCAACAUCUCCAUCCUCAUCAACAAUGCCGGUCUAUCCCAUUCGGAACCGAUCGAAUUCCAGAUGAACGAUCUCGAUCAAGACAUCAAUUCGCUCUUGAACGUCAACGUCUUCUCGGUCUUAUACCUCACCAAAUUAGUCCUACCCUUCAUGUUACCUUACAAGAAAGGUUUGAUCCUCAACGUCGGUAGUUUUAGUGCGUUGAUCCCGACCCCCUUGUUAUCCACGUACGCCGGCUCCAAGGGGUUCUUAUACACCUGGUCUCAAGCCCUUGGUACUGAAUUGGAACCUCGAGGAAUCGAUGUCAAGCUGCUAAACACCUACUUUGUAGCCUCAGAGAUGUCGAAGAUCAAGAAAGCCAGCUUCCUGAUUCCGACGCCGAACGCUUACGUGAAACAAGUGCUCAACAACCUGAUCUCGACCAACUCGAAACCAUUCAUCACGACCGGCUACUUCUCCCACAGUCUCCUCGAAUUCUUCUUGGACCAUUUCGGCUCGCUGAAGUUUUGGUUGAAGUUCAACUUGAACAUGCAACGCUCGAUCGUCAAACGAAUCCAAAAAAAGAAACAACGCAUCCAACAACAACAAUCUAAGAAUUGAUCUUCAAUCAUACCAUGAAAUUUAGAAUGUCUUUGCCUUUUAUUAGAUCUCUCUCUCUGUCUCUCCAGAUCAUCCACCUAAUAAAAUUACCUUGUGAUAUCAUCUACCAAGUCGAUUUUUACUCUUUCUUUUUUCCGUAUAUUUAUUGUCACAUGAUAUGCAAGAAUUACCCCGAUCCCUAUUUUCCACUCUCUCAAAGAAUUAAAGCGAUCGAUUUUCUUGACUGUUACGUACUUGAGCAAUUUGAUUUAAAGAAUCCGGGCAGCAAAAACAAAUCACAGAGCUGUUCCAUAAGAAUUGUUAAAAGGAAAUGUGUACAAUCCAAUUGACAUCUAAUCUAUCUUUGAUAAGACGUAUUACUAAACCUAGCAAAAAAACGAACAAGUUGAUAUUCAAGAGAAGUCAAAGAAGCUGUGACAAUUAUUUGAGGAAAGAGCUCAA